AUGCCAGCGUUCAGUCCCGACGUUGCGAGAGGAUUGGAAGUUGGGCGUGGAGACGGGAACACCCUAGUUGUCUUCCCACCUGGAGGCCACCGUUGGGUUUUGGAACCUAGUCCGGACGGAUAUAUUCCACAUCCACCUGAGAGGUCUAACUACGAGCUAGGAUCCGCGACCAAGCGAGGAGGGUAUCCAUCGGGAACGACGCUGGUCUACUCUCCCGCUGGGUGUUGGAACGAGUGUAUUUCGGUGUUACUGUAG